UGGGCGGGGAAAAUGGUUUCUCAAAGGCUGUGGGGUUUACUUCCUUCCUUGACUUUGUCCUUCUCAAUUGACCCCACCUCUUCCUCUGUCCCUUUUUAUAGUUUGCUUCAAAAUGUUCCUGAGGUAGUUCCUCUUCUCUGUCCUUCUCACUUGCUUCUGUUUCUGUCCCAUUUCUUCUAGUCUUCAGAUUUGACAGCACCCACCCUGGGGGAAGCAGAGAGUUGACGAGCAGUAGCAUGUUCUUGGGCAAGUCUGACGCCUGGCUGUUGGCUGUGUCUAGCGUUCCUGGGAAGCUCUGGAAAGUAGCAUGUUCUCCAGAAGAUGGGAAUGGUAUUCAGCCCUGCAACUGCUACUGCUGUCUCUCCUGGUGUCUGGCAUUCCAGGUCAUUCAGAAUCUGAGACCAUCACCAAGGCCACUGGCAGCAACGUGACUCUGCAAAGCUCCAAGAAACUGCUUGAUAACUUCACACAUGGCACCUGGUUUUACACUACCAACCAGAAGAUUAUGGAAUGGGACCCAAAAGAGGUUUACUCCUUCAACACUAAAUUUAAACACAGAAUCAGACUUGAUAAUCAAAGUGGUGCAUUACACAUCUACAACGUCCAGAAAUCGGACAGCAGUACUUACAUCUUGAGAGUGUCAAAAGAGGACGAAGAUGAACGAGAGAUCAAGAUAAUCUUGAAGGUGUUUGAUACUGUACCCGAGUUCGUGAUAAAAACGGAGAUGAUCAAAGAAGUGGGUGACAUCUGUUAUAUGAAUCUCUCCUGUAAAAUACCAGACCCAUCUGCUGGCUACAUUUGGUAUGGAGACUCAGGCCCCUUACCAAAGGAGCUCCACAGGAGUGAACUUGAAGUCACCCUUACACCACAGAACCAAUCCAAGUUUUACACCUGUCAAAUUAGCAAUCCUGUGAGCAGCAAAAAUGAUACAAUCUACUUCCUUCCACCCUGUACUCUGGCCCGAUCCUCUGGAGUGACCUGUGUUGUAACUUGGCUAGUGAUCUUGGUACCCAUCAUUCCUGGCCUCCUACUCACCUAAAAUGACUCCUCCAGCUCAAGAAGGAAACUUCCAGGCCAGACAAUCUUGCCUUCAUCAGCAACCGUGACCUUUGCCAGGACCAAAGCUCCAGCUGUGUGGGAUGAGACAAAGUAUAUUAUCGAAGCUUUUCAAUUAACUUUUGACAGUUCGUCAUAUAACUCUGUGCCACCAAAACUUAUUGAUAGUUUGAAUGCAUUAAAAGACUCCUGGAGAGGUGGUUGGAUCAUGAGGGCCUUAUUUUCAUCGGUGGGCCAAUCCAUGAUAUUUACGGCUGAAUGUACUGUUAGGAAGAGGGGCCCAGUUGGAGUUAGGCCCCUGGGACCGUGCCUGGUGCUUUUCCCCCUGUGCACUGAUUCCAUCUGCUACGAAGUGACAAGUUUACCUCCACUCUGCUCCUUUGCCAUGAAAUUUCUGCCUGGGAGCCAGCUGGUCAGGCAGUGGAAACUCAAAAAGUAUGAUCCCAAAUAAAGCCCUAUAAAUUGUAUGUCAGGUUCCAAUGAAAAGAAAGCUGACCAAUAUAAUUCCAUGGUUGUUUUUCAACACACACAGAUAGUCACACAUGCAUUCUCUUCACAAAAAAAAAAAAAUGUGACUACGUUGUGCUAAUACAUUCACUUUUUAAGAUUUCUUAUGUAUUUACUUUUCAUGACCAUGGUGAUCAAACCCAGGGUUUCAUGUAUGCUAGGCAAAAGUUCUACUGUUGAAUUACAAUUGUCUUACCAGGUAAACAUCAAUAUGAUCAUCAAAGUGGAUUCCUGAGUCAUUCCAAACCUGUCAGACAGUACCAUCAGCCUAGACAGACUAGAACAUGGGCAAGAUCCUGAGAUUACAGGAUCUGUGUGUCAGCACAUUUGAGGGAUUAAAUUGGACUCCCUCUGACCUCUGUUCCAACAUCGAUGUCAAACCUGAGAUUCCAGCUCUCCCAAAACCCUCUUCUUUCCCAAAUUCUGGCCUCCUUGUCAGUGGUUUGAAGAGAAACAUACCUUGCUUUGUUUUCCCAUGAAUAUGAGGUCAGACUCACUCCCUGAGAAGUGAGUGUGCAGCUUUACUAUGUAAGAAGGGUCCCUGCUCCCACAAUUUUCACAGGACCUGAGUUCUCCGUUCUCUUUUCACCACAUUGCUAUGAGAGCCACUCUUCCAGUUUUAAUUGAAUCAUGGAUCUAAUGAAACCAUCAAAUGGACACAAAUUUUUUCUCCACAGUCUCCCACUGUAAACAGGGAGGAGUCCCCGAGCCCAUCCCUGCAUAACAUCCAGAACUUUUGCUGUCUGUUUUCUUUUCCAAGUCUCUUCAUGAGUACAGAGCUGGGAGGUCACUAACAAAUGCUCUCCCUUGAAGGAAAUGGCCACGGUACACCAUCGUGCUUUCUUCUGACAGCAGGCCAGCUUCUCCCACCUCUUCUUUUACUGUCACAAAGAAACAUAGCCUCCAUCUCCUCUGAGCAACAGGUGAUGCUAUGUGUUCACCAAGUCCUUUCAAUUUCCCCUUGAUCAGCAGAAAAAAAUCCUUUUCCCAGAAACCUUUGCAUCUGUGUGGAGUCAAGUAAUUGGUUCUAGCCAAUAGGAGGUGAGCAGAGUUGAGCUGGCAGGAAAUAAGGGAAUCUGGGAAGUGGAGCCACAUAGCAAGGAGCCUGGGUUUGAGCCAUUGUUUGGAGAGCAGCUACUUGGCUGCAUUGCAUAUGUGUAGUAAGAAAGUUUGGAUUCUUCCUGAUACCAGAAGGUGGUCAAGGCUCCCCACAACACACACAAUGCCUUAGCACAGCCUGUGGUGCCGUCCCAAUGUCAGUUCUCAUCAGCCUGCACCCUUCAAUCGGACUGUCUCAGCCUCCUUUUUAGAAAUUGUUCCUGUUCCUUUCCCCUCACUCUUCUUUGUAGAAGAGGAGGUUCUCUUGGAAACAUACACAGGGUCUCACACACACUCACACACACUCACACACACACACACACACACACACAUUUGCAGGCACACCUUUCCCGGCAUCACAUAUUAGUCCUCGUACCUUGGAAGCCUCGGGUAAAUCUCACUUUAGGUGGCCCAAGUCACAAGCAUCAACUCUUCCCUGCCUCUCCUAUCUCUCAAGGGAGCACCGGAUAUAUAAUUUUUGAGACUUGAUACAAAAUGAAAAUGUGGACUCUUUGUUCAAAACACAGGCAAAAACUACUAUUAAAGGUAUUGCUGGAUGCGGUGGUGCAUGAUUGUAAUCUCAUUACCCUGGGGGGCUGAGGCUGAAGAAUCUCAAACUCAAGCCCCAUCUGGGCAACUUAAUCACUUAUCAAGACCCUGUCUCAAAAUAAAAAAUUUAAAAGGGCU